AUGCCACCAGGUCCCGACAUCCCGGUGCAGGUGUGGGUGGACGGCCAACUCUUCCAGGCCGAGCAGUCGCUGCUGGUGGAGCACUGCGGCUUCUUCCGUGGGCUUUUCCGCUCCGGCAUGCGGGAGGCGCGCGCGGCCGAGGUGCGUCUGGGUGCGCUGAGCGCCGCGGGCUUCGGCACGGCGCUGCGGGUGCUGCGCGGAGAGCGGCCGGCGCUGGCCGCAGACGACGAGCUGCUGCAGGCGGUGGAGUGCGCCGCGUUCCUGCAGGCGCCCGCGCUCGCGCGGUUCCUGGAGCACAGCGUCACGUCGGACAACUGCUCGCUGCUGUGCGACGCGGCCGCCGCCUUCGGCCUGCGCGACGUGCUCCACAGCGCUGCGCUCUUCAUCCGUGACGGCGCGCACGAGCUGGUGGCGGAAUUGGAGCUGCCCGAGGCCCGUGCCUACGUGGCAGCGCUGCGACCUAGCACCUACGUGGCCGUGAGCACGCACACGCCCGCGCCCGGCUUCCUGGAGGAUGCAUCGCGCACCAUGUGCUACCUGGACGAGGAGGAGGACGCGUGGCGCACGCUGGCCGCACUGCCCUUGGAGGCCAGCACGCUGCUGGCAGGCGUGGCCACUCUGGGCAACAAGCUGUACAUCGUGGGUGGUGUGUGCGGAGCCAGCAAGGAGGUAGUGGAGCUGAGCUUCUGUUACGACCCGGAAGGAGGCACCUGGUGCGAAUUCCCCAGCCCACACCAGCCGCGCUAUGAUUUGGCGCUGGCCGGCUUUGAAGGCCGCCUCUAUGCCAUUGGUGGCGAAUUCCAGAAGACGCCCAUGAGCUCCGUGGAGUGCUACGAUCCCGCCACAGACUGCUGGAGCUUCGUGGCGGACUUGCCGCAGCCAGCUACAGGGGUUCCCUGUGCCCACGCGCGUGGCCGCCUCUUCGUGUGCCUGUGGAGGCCGGCAGAUAUCACUGCCGUUGUUGAGUACGUGGUGCAGAUGGACAAGUGGGUGCCGGUGGCUGAACUGUGUCGUUCGCAGAGCUACGGCCACUUUAUGGUGGCCCAUCGUGACAGUCUCUAUGUGGUGCGUAAUGGACCUUCUGAUGAUUUCCUGCACUGUGCCAUCGAUUGCCUCAACCUGGUCACGGGCCAGUGGACGUCGCUACCUGGCCAGUUUGUCAACAGCAAGGGAGCACUCUUCACAUCCGUGGUGCGUGGGGACACCGUCUAUACUGUCAACCGUGUAUCCACGUUGGUCUAUGCCAUUGAAGAUGGCACCUGGCGGCUGCUCAGGGAGAAGGCUGGAUUUCCUCGCCCUGGCUCCUUACAGACCUUUCUCCUGCGGCUGCCCCCUGGCACUACUGGGCCUGUGGCCACCGCGUUGCCAGAGUUGUGAGCUCAGAAUGACUUCAGAUUCGUGAACCUGGAUUGAGGAGCUCUUGGAAACUCCUUUUUCCCUGUUGGGACACUCAGGUCUCUGCUUUCUGGUGGUGUGGAUAUCCAAGAAGCCCUGAGCACCGCAGAUGGCUGGGUCCUCAAAUCACUUGGGCUCUGCUGAGAGCUGGUGGGUCACAGCCUCAGGGAAAGGGGUGGGGUUACUAUUCAGACUAUCUAAGCUUGUAGGUGAGCUGUGGUGAGAAGUGGAUGAAGUGCUAUUAACCAAACUGCUAAUUAGCAGAUACAAAGUGUCAACACAAUGCUGGGCCUAGUUGUCAGUCUGGGUACAGAAAACUUGGAGACUAGUCUAGGAUACUUGGUCUUAAUAGAAGUCUCAGGAUGACAAAAAAAGGUUUACACAUAAUUUGCCUCCAUCCUCAAACUAAAAGCAACAUGUUAAUUAAAAAAAAGUUAAAAGCAAACCCACACUGCGAUAAAAAGAAUACCAAAGCAGUCAGCACGGAGAAGGGGAGAUAAAGUCCAGGAAAUAGGCAUAUAUAUAUAUAUAUAUGGCAUAGAGCAGACAGGAUACAGUCUGGAGAAGCGGAGUCGGACCAGAGAGUCUAAGCCCUCCAAGAGGAAACAGGGGCAAGACUGGACCAGACAGGGUCUCUGUGAGCUCCAGACUUUACAGGAGAUCAGCUGAAGCCGGAGGCAUUUAGGCUGUGAGUGAGGCUGGACUGACUUGUAGCAGACAAAACUCUGUUGAGCCUGGAGCAAGCCCGUGGGAGGAAGCGAGGAUUCCCUACAGUAGCUCUGGGGACUGGAAUGGAAAGGAAGCACCCAGGUGUAAUUCCUUUACCUAUCUUUUUUUGUGAUCACUAUGAGACAGUAGAUUGUCAACCUCCUGACCGGGUUACUUACGGUGUAAGGAGCCUAGUCCUGCCGAUCUGGGCGCAUUCCUUCCUGGAUAAGCCAGAGGCUCCAUCUCUCCCCUAAUCUCUGCUGUGACCACUCCCUGGCCCUGUAAUGCCUUUCCUGUUCCUCCUUCUUAGCUCUGUUCCCACCUCCUUUCAGCAGGAUUGGCUGAUCUAGCUCCUGUUUUCCGUCCUGGCUGCCUGCAUCCCUCAUUGAUCUCUGUGACAUUCUGUGUUGUAUGCGCAGCCCCACCUGAAUGCAGAUGAUAAAAGCAGAAGUCCCAUGCUCCUAACUGAGCUGGGCACUUCCUUGCCUGCAGAAUAAAAUGAUGUCUUACAAGAAUCACUAGUUAGAGGUCUGCCACUGAAAUGUGUUGUUAAACAACUCCAGUCUUAAAAGCAAUACCCAGAGCUGGGUGGUGAUGAUGCCUGCCUUUAAUCUCAGGACCAGAGCCAGAGGCUGGAGGGUCUCUGAAUUCUAGGCUAGUCUGGUCUACAGAGUGUGUUCCAGGACAGCAAGAAAAGGGUUUUCUGAGAAACCCUAUCUUGAAACAACAAUAACAACAAAAAGCGAUACCCAGACUCAGCUUCUGUUACAGAUGCCUGCUUCAGCCCUCCAGCCUGGCCAUGUGCCCGGCAGACUUCCUUCAGUGGUCCUGUAUCAUACGUCUCCAUCCUCCAGGACCCAAGCCAUACAAAACCCCAGCUUCAGAAGUAGAGAACACAGCGUUAGUCUGGUACUUCCUGGGCAUGGAGCCUGGUGUCAGGCUGUCACUUGCUACCUCUACUCCUGACCUGUGUCCUAACCCUGAAAUAAGCUGCCUUCAGGAGUGUGAAAUCUUCUAGCCUUUGUGAUAGUCUAGUCUAUGACUCACAAGAAUAAACCCUGACAUUCGUAUCCUGUGAAUUCUAGGCAAACUCUUUUUACAUUCAUUUCUUCCACAGUCCCUCACUUGUGGUUGUAUAACAGUGAAUAGACACACACACACUUUUAUCAUCAGUCAAUGACUUACUCAGCUCACUAAUGGGGGAACUAGAAGAAUGUGAAGCUGGUUGGAAAAAUCAUCUGAGAGACAGAGAUUUGUAUAUUGAAUUGGCAAAGAUGUGCAGAAGUAAGUUUGCUAGGUCAGAGAUGAUGCUGGUUCAUGUCUUGGGGGCAAUAAAACCAUCA